AUGUUUUUGUGUUCUCUUCUUACUGUAUGCCUUAUCUGGGUAUGUUUUGUACCUGCUGUAAGAGCAGAGCAUGAUGGGACAACACAUCCCUUAAUCACUGUUGUCAAUGGCACCUAUUAUGGGCUCCAUAAUUCGCAAUAUAACCAAGACAUAUUUCUUGAUAUGUCAGUCGCGCAGCAGCCGGUCGGUGAUCUUCGUUUUCACGUUCCUCUGCCGUUGAAUACAUCCUGGUCUCUUCCAAGAAACGCAACGGAAUACUCACCCGCCUGUCGCGGCUAUAACCAGAAAAAUGGUGCUUCUGAAGCAUGUCUCACUCUGAACGUCGUGCGGCCACGAGGCUUCAGCCCCAAGAAAAACUCCCGGUUGCUGUCUGGAUUUAUGGCGGAGGGUUUACCUCCGGCUCUUCAUCAGACUCACGAUAUAACUUGUCUUAAAUCGUCGAUCAAUCAGUCAAAAUCGGAAAGCCUAUGA